GAUCUCCCUUGUUCUGAGUUCUUGUUUUAAUGACUUUUUUUUUUGCGGGAUUUUUAGAAUCUAAAUCAAGAAAAUGUGCAAAAAGAACUAAGAAGUUAUAGAUUAAAUCUACUAACUUGUUUGUAGUUGAAGUUGACUCAUGAAACAGAAGUGACAUGAAACUAUUAACUUUGUAAUUACUAAUUAGGAAGAACAAAUCACAUAAACUUUAAACUUUAUGACUAAAUGAACAGUGAAUAACUAAAAUGACUGAAAGAGAAGUUGUUUUAAUUGACAUGGACUGCUUCUAUGUUCAAGUUGAACAAAGGUUGAAUCCUAGCUUAAAAGGUAAACCUUGUGCUGUAGUACAAUACAAGACUUGGAAAGGAGGGGGAAUAAUUGCAGUGGGAUAUGAAGCUAGAGCAUGUGGGGUAACACGACAGAUGCGUGGUGACGAUGCUAAAGCUAUGUGCCCUGAAAUUCACCUGGCCAGAGUACCAGAAGUCCGAGGGAAAGCUGACUUAACAAGGUACCGUGAAGCUGGGGCUGAAGUGAUAGCAAUUUUCAGCAAAUUUUGUUCCUGUGUUGAACGUGCCAGUGUGGACGAAGCAUAUUUAGAUUUGACCAUGGAAGUCACACAAAGAAUGACAGGGAUGGCAGAAAGCCCAGUGAAAGAUGUGCAGCUACCUAAUACUUUUGUUGAAGCCUAUGAUGGUGCAGAUGGAAAAAAUGAAUGGCUACAAAAAAUCUACUCUGAUGCAUCAGUAGACAAGUGUGAACAGCGGCUGGCUGUGGCUGCUUGUCUUGUAGAGGAAAUGAGAGCGGCAGUUUUCAAAGACACAGGAUUUACCUGUUCCGCAGGCAUAGCUCACAAUAAGAUGCUAGCCAAAUUGGCAUGUGGUAGGAAUAAGCCUAACAAACAAACUGUCCUGCCUCAUUCAUCAGUACCAUCAGUCUUCUCAACAUUACCUCUACAGAAAAUCCGUCAUUUAGGAGGAAAACUUGGGGCAUCAAUCAUUGAAUUAGGCUGCAAGAUGAUGGGAGAUGUAACUCGCUUUUCUGAGUUGGAGCUGCAGAAACACUGUGGAAAUAAAGCAGGAAGCUGGCUGUACUAUGCCUGCCGUGGUAUUGACACUGAGCCUGUAGCAGUGAGAGAGUUACCCAAGUCUAUUGGCUGUUCUAAAAUGUUCAUGGGGAAAGAAGCUUUAGACACGACUUCUAAGAUAAAGCAGUGGCUGUCAGAGCUAGCUGAAGAAGUGAUGGAGAGGUUGAGCCGAGACAGAGAUGCGAAUAAAAGAAUAGCCAAGUCUUUAACAGUCAACGUUGGUUUCAAGACAGACUCUGGUUACUCCUCUUCAUCUCGCACCUGUGCAUUAGUUAGAUAUGAGGCGGAGAAAUUUGCUUCUGAUGCAUUAGCACUGCUGCAACAAUUUAAGGGCAGUCCAAAUCAUAGUUCUGUGUGGACACGACCAUUCAACUAUUUAGGAUUGACAGCCAGCAAAUUCCACCCUUUAGAAGAACAGAACAAGAUCUCAUCUAUGUUUACUGCAGCUGCAUGCUCAACAAGCACUUGCAACCAGUCUGAUGGUGACCAGGUUGAUGGUGUGGACUGGGGCGACUUAAAUGGUGACUUACAAAGCAAAAGUACCAUGAAUGUGCCUUCAACUCAAUCAAAAACUGACCACAACCAUUUCAAAGAAAGUUCCAGAAAAUCUUUAAAUAAUUCACUAAACUCUUCUCCAUCAACAAAACCAGCUGAUAUGGGGAAUAAUCAAAAUGGCAGCAAAGGGGAGAGAAGUAUCAAAUCAUUUUUCAGCCAGAUAAAGGUUGUUGAUAGAAAACCACCUCAGCCCUCAGAUAGUGAAGGCAGAGAGGAAGUAAUGCCUGUAGAACUACCACAAGUGAAUACUGCUAAAGCAUCCAGUUUUUUUGCUGGUAAACUCAAAGCUUUGAGUACAAAAAAUGAAUCUCCAGAAAGUGGGUCCACAACAAAUGUCAUCCAGGAGUUUUCUGAUGAGGACGCUUCAUUAGAAAAAACUUCUGAUGUAUGCUCAGCUGCUGUUCUUGAUGUGAGAAAAUCAGAUGAACAAUCUCCAACAGUUUUGACAAAUAAAACUGAGACUAAUCAGCUUUCACCUAAUAUUCAUAUUAAUCAGGUCUCACCUAACCUUAAUGAGAUGAAUCAGGUCUCGCCUAACCUUAGUAAGACUAAUCAAGUCUCACCCAAUGACAGUGAGGAUUACAUAGAGUGUGACAAGUGUGGCCAGAUUAUUUCCAUGUGGGAGCUGCCAGAACACAAUGAUUUUCACUUUGCUCAGGAACUGCAGAAUCAAUCUGACCACUCUGCUGGUGGCAGUACUCAGGUUGCCAGAUCAAGUAUAGAGCAAAAAGUCAAACGCAAAUUUACCAGCCCUACUAAAGAGUCUAAACGAGGGCGCAAAAAGAAAAAGUCUCUUGAUAAAAAUAUACAACCUCUGACAGCUUUUUUUUCAAAGACAUGAUGCAGCUUUUGUUUUUGACUAAAUUAAGUCAUAUGACUUAUGUAUCACUUCAUGUAAGACUUGUUAUUUCAAAUGAUGUUUUAUGCAAUAGUAUUUAUAUUUUCAUCUAUUUAUUUACACAAUUGUAAAUUAUUUAUUAUAUUACAAUGAACUUUGAGGAGUAAAAGUUUUA